CGAGUUAAGUUCGAUAUCGGCAAACGGUGGCAUUGUGAUGAUGUCCGGUAUACCGGUAACCGGUUACCGACCGUUUACCAGCCCUAGGCAGACUAGGGAGGAUCAGUUGAAUGAAGGCAGAGGCCCGUCCAGUCAUGUCCGAGAAGGCGCAUUGGUUGGGAUGCCUAAGGAAACAGGGAUGAGGAUUGAUUGCUCAUUAGGCGCCUGGCACAUGUCAUCAUGGAGAACAGCGAGACCAGGCGCCUAGGGCAAGGAAACGAUAUGGUGAUGACGUGGAAGUCCGUACGGUAAGAUAAACGAUGAACAGUUAUAAAUAGUGUGGUUGGUAACCAUUUACUCAAUUUGGCUUCUCUCACUACACUUUUAGGGAAAUUACUUCUCUCUCUAAAAGAAGAAGCUGACUUGAUCGUUGGAGGACUAACGGGCCACGAGGCCCACCUCUGUGUGUAGGUAAUUCCACGUAGGCAAAGCGGACAGAGUAAAGAAGGGAGAUCAAGGAGGCUCCAACAGUUAUAAAUGAAUCCAAGUGACAUCUAAACAUUGGACAAAUAAAUAAACUUUGAAAAGUUUAGAUAUUGACAUGUCAUAAUAAAAAAUUUGUAUACCAAAAUGUAAUAAUCCAAUGGUAUGCUUUGUUAAAAAAAUGAAUUUCAGGACCCAAAUUGUAAAACAUACAAUAGGCCGUAAACUGUACUUUGACAACAAUCCAUCAAUCCAAUAAAUUAUGGAUCAAAUGAAUUGGAUUUAAGUAGAUUGGAUUAAUUGGAUAUUAAUAUGGAUGUAUUGGAGUGGAUACAAGAUUGUCUACUCGUAUAUUCCAACAAUUUAUUGGGUAUUGGUAUUUGCAGCACAAAGAAAAUUUACACCAUGAUUCAAUUUUGUUGAAAAGGCACCAGAUCAAUUUGAGGAGCAGAGUUGUAUUAAAAAUGUAUUGUAUUAUCAUAAUCUACACGUUCAAUUUGAUAUAUUUCAAAGUUUAAAAUUUGAUUUUAUAACGGAUUGAAUAAAUACUAAUAUGCGUGAAUAAAUAUCAAAUUGUGUGACUAAACAAUAUUGGUUGCGUGAAUAAUCUACUAUUUUGCGGGAAUAAGCUGAAAUUUACGUAGAUAGAUGAAAAAAUACGCUUAAAUUAGGUGUUUUAUCUCUAGAUGUUCCAAGAGAUAAAUUUGUUUUUCCAUGUGGCCGUUCUCUUUUUCGUUUUCACUAUGAAUGGAUUGUCAGUUCCCAAUAGGUUUGUUUUAAGCUUAACUACAGUCUACAGGUGAUACUGUCCUUGUUUUAAAUCCUAGCGGUGGCCAUUGGCCAAUACCUCCGACGAUUAGAAUUUCAUUGCCGCCCGGCCGCGGCGCCGGCCGGCAAUCGGCUAGCAUUGCCGCCCCAUUUAAGAAUAUCACAAAAUCGAUCGAUCGAUCCCCUAUAUAUACAUCAUCAUUUUCCCCUAGCAAAAAAGCAGAGUCUUAGAAAGUCUCACUUAACCAAAGAAAAACACUAACAAACAACUUCGAACUGUUCAAACCUUGUAUUGAACACGUGAUCAAAUAAAUAAUCCCGUUCCAUUUUGUAGGUUAUCUUCUCCGGCCACUUCUGUUUGUUUUCCAGCUAUAUAUUGUCUUGCAGUACCUACAUGAUCUCUAUGUCCUUACGCUCUCGUCUGGAUAGUUCCUGGCCCUUGGGAAAUGACAAUUGACAUGUGCUUCCCACAUAGUAUAUAUAUGUAAGCUUAUCAUAUCAUAACCAUUUGAAGAAGAAGAAGAAGAAGAAGAAGAAGAAGAAGAAGAAGAAGAAGAAUGUCAAUUGUCAGGGGACUAAUCGUCGUCUCGUCGCUAGUGAUGAUGAUCGGUGUGGACGCCUUUGAAGAUGAUUUCGUGUACAGUUGGAACUUGACCAACUUCAACCCAAAGAAAGAGACCGCUUUGAACAACUGCCUGAAUGCUUUCAAAACUCAUCUCGAGGUUGAUGUCUAUGCGGAGCAGAUUGGUAACCGCGACCGCGUGAUCGCUUAUGUCGACGGCGAGACGGUGGGUCUCUACGCUAGGGUUCACUGCAGCUUCGACGACUAUACUUGCUACCAGUGUUUGCACGACGUCCUCUCGGCGAUAAACAAAUGCUGCGCCCGCUCCUACGGCAUUGACAUCAGAGAUGGUAGGUGCGCGAUGAGGUACGAGACAUACUCCUUUUGAUUUCGGGGUCCGAUAUCGAUUUCAAGAAAUCCACAUGUGAUCAAUUACUUGUCUUGAUGUAUUAAUUUUUGCUUAAUAAGAUAAUUGUGUUUUCGUGUUUCUAUUUGCUCUCUGUUUCAACCAUGUCUAAAUAUUCCAAUACUGUGAAUUUGAUAACCGGAGCGUCACACAAAAGUCAAUUACAAAGAUCGAGGUCGUACACAUGCAUUGAAUAGAUGUGUGCCAAAAUUAACAGAACGACCCUUAUAGAGGAAAAAAAACUAGUGACGUAGUUCGAUUCUCUAUAAAUAUGAUUGACUUUAAUUACCUAAUCCCUCCUAAUUAAGAAGCUCUCCUAGCUUGUGUGCGACAAGGCCAUGGUUGUGAUCCGUAUCAGCACAGUUCUUGAUUAUGUCGAUUGCUGUUGAGGAAUUCUUGUGUCCUUUUUUGCCAAGUAAUUUUCCAGACCUUUACCUGCUCCGAUCCCUUCAAUUCUGCCCUUGUAAUAGAGCAUGUGCUCGUAUUUGAAGUGAAAGCUCUCCGGUUAUCUCUUAAGAGUCCUCCUGCUAAUGCAUUUCCUUUCGAGGCAGUCCAACUUCUAUUGCUUUAUACUUGAAUCCAACCUUCAUCCGGUGGCUUCCACAAAGUACUGGAGCAUGUGUUGCAUUUUCAUGGAUAAGAUAAACUUUUUCAUGAAACCAUGCAAGGUUUUCAAGUUCAAACAAUGCAUCACUCGGUCUCGUUUGCUGGAGCAUAUGUCCGUUAUUUUCCUUUGUACUGGUGGUGCCCUAUUGAAAUAACGUAAUUGUGUCACCUAAUUGACUUGUUAUUGUAAACGAUUGACUGUUUUCUACAACUCACAGUGAAUUGAAAGUCACUGUAGCAAGGUUCUAAAUUAUAUAUGAGACAUAUAUUUGAUUUAUUAAAAUACUAUGAGUCUCAAAUCACUGUAUGAGUAAUGGAAAAGCCAACUAAUAAGUUGCUCAUGAUCAACUGAUUAAAUUGACUCUCUAGUUGCUAUAUUGACACAACUAGUAAUCUCAAAACGAAUUAAGUUUAGUUAUAAUGAGGAAUACAUGCAUCCGACGAGGGGACUUUAUUGGGCCGGCAAUCGGCAAUGGCAAUACAAAAUAACAAAAAUUCCCCAUACAUGUUAUCAGUACCUUCCGUAGGGGAGAAGCAACUUCUCUGGGAAAAUUUCACACUACCAAAGACAAAAACUAGUGAACAUAUUACACUUACAUUACAUAGCACUUAUUAAUUCGCACGUGAUUAAAUAUUUCGUUCCAUAUAUAUAUGUAUGGAACUCUAUGUCUAUGGCCUUACGCAAUUUUGUUGUUUUUGUUUGUUUGUGCUUCAAGUCAUAAUGUUUUGUUUUGUACUUGCGUGGAUCUCUAUAGCCUUACGCGUUAUUCUGACACUUCCGGCCCUUAGGAAAUGACAAAUAAGAAUCUAACCCUCAUAAGAAUUGGGCAUGAAAUGGAAGGAUACAAUCAGUAGGAAUUGAUGGCAGCUGGACGCUAGGGAUGAUGAUCGGAAGUGCUGCUGGAUGAUGGAUUGAUAUGGGAUUGAUAUUUAAAGUCAUGAGCAAUAUAGUGUUAGUUUACCA